AGGUUCCAGGUUCCAGCCUCCCCUCCCCCACCACGGUGGCUACGGCAGCAGCCCAGCGCUUUUCCCGCCCAUCCCCUCGCAGGGACCAAUCAACAAACUCGUAAGGACCAAUCAGCGAGCUUGGAAGGGGUUCGCGCGCAGAGUCAGAGGAAGGCGGCAGCGGCAGCGGCAACAUGUUCAGGGACCAGCGAGCCUGGUUCUGUCGGAGCGUGGGCAAGGAUCUUCAGGAACUCUGGGUGGCCCAUGGCGGAGUAAUCUGCAACCCUCGCGAGGCCGAUUUCCUGUUCAGCUGUGACGCCUCUCACCCAGACACGAUGAGAAUAUAUCAAAGCUUUGAUUACAUGGAAGAUAAUGCUACAGUGUUUCAUGCUUAUUAUCUCUCAGCAGUAGCCAAAGCUGUUUCGAAAAAAACAGUACCUUUGGGUCACUACGUCCUUCCACCUACCUGCCUACAGAAAGAAAUAAGAAAAAAAAUUGGUAGUUUUAUUUGGGAGCAGAACAAUCAUGUAAUGACAGAGAAGCAUGAUGAGGUAAUGCCAAGAGAACUACAGAAGCUCAGAGAGAGUACUGAAUUAUUAAGAGAGACUGAAAUGGAUCCAUCUAUAAGCACAAAAAAGCAUUUCUCAAGGACUCCAGUUACAGGAAAGCAACUAUUUUAUCCUCUUCACAAUUAUCCAGUGAAUAACAUGGUAACAGGUUAUAUCUCUAUUGAUACCAUGAAGAAAUUCCUUGGGGAACUACAUGACUUCAUUCCUGGAAGCUCAGGAUACUUGGCAUAUCAUGUUCAGAAAGAAAUCAAUGUCUUUUCUGCUGUAAAAAAUAAAUUGAAGAGAAAAUGUUAAAUUGGA